AUGACCUCUACACGCCCCUCCCCGACCUUUGACAGGUCUGUUUCAGUUUCAAGGGAGCGGCGCAGCUCGCGAUUGCCAUCCGGUCGUUCUAUUCCCUCCCCCAUGGACCCACGAGCCGAUUCCGACAACCAAGAAGCACCCGCCAUUCCAGAAGAGAUCAGUGGGAUCAAGCGAUAUGAAGAUUUUACCACAAUAGACUGGGUCCAAGAUGCAGUCUAUGAGCAGUCACGGCGGCGCGCGAAACGGCGCAGUGGCACUGGGUUUUGGGAUCAGGAAGGCAUCUUUGGCUGGAGACGGAAAAUGUACGAGUCAUACGACGCAGGCCAAGCAUGGCUUGUGGUUACGCUUGUGGGCAUGGCAAUCGGAUUGAACUCGGCGGUGCUCAAUAUCAUCACGGAAUGGCUCUCUGAUAUUAAGCUGGGCCACUGUACUACCGCAUUCUACCUCAAUGAGUCGUUCUGCUGCUGGGGCGCCGAGAAUGGCUGCCCAGAGUGGAAACAUUGGACUUCAUGGUGGUUGUUAAAUUAUGUUUGCUAUUUCUUUGGCGCGUUGUUACUUUCAUCCAUCGCCGCAGUCCUCGUCAAAUCAUUUGCGCCGUACGCCGCAGGCUCUGGUAUCUCAGAGAUCAAAUGCAUUAUUGCUGGCUUCGUCAUGAAGGGCUUCUUAGGCGCCUGGACUCUUCUAAUCAAGUCAAUUGCCCUUCCACUAGCUAUUGCAUCGGGCUUGUCUGUUGGAAAAGAGGGCCUAGCGUGCAUUUUGCUACGAGAAGAAAUCUUGACUGCCUCAGCGGCAGCUGGUGUGGCUGUCGCUUUUGGCAGUCCAAUUGGAGGCGUGCUGUUCUCCCUGGAGGAAAUGGCAAGCUAUUUCCCCCUGAAGACUCUUUGGCGCAGCUAUUUCUGUGCGUUGGUGGCAACUAGUGUGCUAGCGGCCGUCAAUCCUUUCCGAACUGGCCAAUUGGUCAUGUUCCAAGUGGAGUAUGAUCGCACAUGGCACUUUUUCGAGUUCAUCUUCUUUAUUGGCAUCGGUGUCUUCGGUGGACUUUACGGUGCAUUCGUAAUGAAAUGGAACCUUCGAGUGGCCGCAUUCCGCAAGAAAUACCUCUCACAGUGGCCUAUAACCGAGUCGGUUGUCCUUGCAGCACUCACUGCGAUACUGUGCUACCCCAACAUGUUUCUAAAGAUCAACAUGACGGCAAUGAUGGAGAUCUUAUUCCGCGAAUGCGAGGGUGGCCAUGACUAUAAUGGACUAUGCGAGUCCAAGAACCGAUGGCCGAUGGUCUUCUCAUUAGCUAUUGCGACCGUUCUUCGCACUGGUUUGGUGAUUAUUUCCUACGGAUGCAAGGUGCCAGCGGGUAUCUUCGUGCCAUCCAUGGCCGUCGGGGCUUCAUUUGGCCGCAUGAUUGGAAUCAUGGUACAGGCAUUACAUGAAUCGUUCCCCCAAUCGGCAUUCUUCGCUUCGUGUGAGCCAGAUGUUCCUUGCAUUACACCGGGGACAUACGCGUUUCUGGGAGCUGGGGCAGCCCUCAGUGGGAUCAUGCAUCUGACUAUUUCUGUAACGGUCAUCAUGUUCGAGUUGACUGGCGCACUGACUUAUAUCCUACCGACCAUGAUCGUGGUAGGCGUCACCAAAGCCGUUGGCGAUCGAUUCGGCAGUGGCGAACACGUCUUCAACGUGCCUGUAUCCCACGCAAUGACCACAGGCCCACUCUCAGUACCAGCAUCGGAUUUCCCCGUGCGCGAAGCAGAGCAUCUCCUCACCGACAACAAAUUCCAAGGCUUCCCUGUCGUGGAGGACCGCACUUCCAAGACUCUGGUCGGAUACAUCGGCCGAACCGAGCUCCGGUAUGCCAUCGACCGCGCCCGCAACCAGGGACUGGUCGCGCCAAACGCCCGGUGCGUGUUCACCAAAGACGCAGCCGAGGCAGCCGUUGCGCGCAGGGCAUCCGUCUCGCAAACCUCCCGGUCAUCGGAUACAUUCGAUGCAAUCGAGAGUACCGUAGGGGCUUCUUUCGUCGAUUUCUCGCGAUACGUCGACCACACACCGCUGACGGUUCACCCGCGUCAUCCUCUCGAAACGGUCAUGGAGAUCUUCAAGAAGAUGGGCCCGCGUGUCAUUCUCGUCGAGCACCGCGGCAAACUCACCGGCUUGGUUACGGUCAAGGACUGCUUGAAGUAUCAGUUCAAGGUCGAAGCCGAGGAACAUACACUGGCAGCAACGAGUUCUUCUGAACUUGGUGCGCUUGGUGGACACCUGAAUACCCCUGCCUCUGAAACACUGGAAGACCGCUUGUGGCGGCUCAUUCAGACCGUGGCUGGGUUUGUAUCUGGUAAGGUCUCUGGCCGGCCGGUCCGGCCGCGUGACCGCACUGUACCUGAGACAAUCGGAGCCGUCGGAUAUCCUAGAAGGAAGGGACGAUGA